AUGACACUCAGUGAGGACAUAGGUGCUGGAUCGGACGCUGGCAUUUCUAAAGCAAGGCGCAGAAGUACCAAUAAAGUUAACUCUUAUGAAGUAUCAUGGUCACCAUUAACGUGUAUAUCCGCGGGACAUGAGGGAGGCUGCGCACCUCUUUUUAAUCAGCACACAGGAGUUUAUCAUUAUACGUAG